AUGUCUAAGCUGGUAGCAUUCAUCUUGGGCGCAGGCACACAUGUUGGCGCUGCAGUCGCAGCUAAACUCCACAAGAACGGAUAUCAAGUAGCUCUCGGAAGCCGGAACCCUAAGCAGGAAGGGAGUGACGGCACAUACUUCAACGUGAAGCUAGAUGUACAAAGCCGCGAAAGUAUCGAAUCUGCAUUCGAUACAGUGGUAAAGAACCUGGGACCAGUCAACGUCGUGGUGUACAACGCCGCCUCCCGUGUGGGACCCACAGACCCUAACGAGUUUCUCUCUGUCCCAAUUGAAGCGUAUCAAGACGCUGCUUCGAUUGGCGUCGGUGGCUUCAUUGCUGCACACAAAGCGCUCGCGAGCUUCCGAAGCGAAGUCCACAAGGAAAAUCCUAAAGUUUUCAUCGUUACUGGGAACUUGCUUCCAUUCGAACAAUACAAUCCCCCUGGGUUCUUUACUCUAGGUGCACAAAAAGCUCUGCUGUCCAGGUUUGUUGCCACAGCCUCGCAGUCGUACCAGAAUGAAAAUAUUCAAUUCUACUAUGCUACCCAGUCCUCAGAGACAGGUACACAUCCUGGUCCAGAAAACUUUGCAAAGGGUGCUCAAGCCCAUGCUGAUGUGUACUGGAAACUCAUCAAUAACAAAAAGCAAGGGGAUUGGAACCAUCAAUUUACGCUUGACGGGAAAGCAUACCCUCAUGCUUGA